AUGUCUAAAUUACCCUUCUUUCUCCGAUUUGCUGCCAUCUUUUUCAUCUCCUCCUCUUCCUCCGCCGAUCAAACUCUCCACUCUCGCCACUUACUCCAUCAACCCUUUUUCCCGGUCACAACCGCCGCUCCACCACCGUAUCAACCACCCUCCUCUUCCCAACCUCCGUCGCCUUCACCACACACACAUCACCACCACAAGAAACAUCCGCCACCGCCACCUCACGAGAAACACCUUUUCUCCUCCGUCGCAACCCCUCCGCCUCCUCCGCCGUCUCAUCCCCAUCAAAACCCUUUUUUCCCUUCCUCCGACCCAUACUCACCCCCCGCUCAUCCCCCACCACACCCACCACCUCCUCCGGCCUCACUCCCGACUUUUCCCGCCAACAUAUCUUCUCUCCUCUUUCCGACUCACACCAACCCCUCCAAGUCUCACCACAACCGCCGCAUCGCCAAACUCGUCGCCAUAACCGUCUCCGUCGUCUCCGCCGCGGUUCUCCUCUCUCUGUUCGCCGUCUUCAUCAUCUUCCUCCGCCGAACACGCUACCGUCGCCGCUCCUCCCCUGCAGACGACACCAAAUCCGUCAGAUCAGACUCUCUCCAGCUCUUCAACGCCGCUCCUUCCGACGGCUCCCUCAAACACAAACAACACCACCAACAUCCACCCAAAUACGCUUCCUCCAACACUUCCUCCGAGUUUCUCUACUUAGGCACUCUAGUAAACUCCCGGAGCAACGGAUUAGACCAGCAGAAAUCUCCCAUCUCCGUCUCCGGCAGUGUCACCGGCGUUUUGGAAUUACCCGCUCCGGCUUCCUCGUCCUCUUCCUCUUCUUACUCACAGUCACAGUACAACAAGCUAGGCUCGCCGGAGCUCCGUCCUCUUCCUCCUCUACCAAAGAUCCCAUCUUUCACUCCCACUUACCAAAGCACUGAACAGUUAAACCCUAAAAGACAAGACUUUGACGGAGACGACAACGAAAACGACGAGUUUUACUCUCCCAGAGGAUCCUCCGGUCGUAAACAGAGCCCGACACGUGUCUUCGCUAGCUUAACGAACGAUUCCGGCGUUGAUCAGAUUGGCAGGAGUAGUAGCAUCAACGGCUCGAGCUCGUGUUCGCCGACUAAUUCCGCACCGUCGUCGACGAAUGGUUCUCCGGCGAUAAGUUUGAGACCUAAGUCGAUUAGUCCUCCGCUCUCGGUGCACAGCCGGAGCAGCUCAAACGACCGCGUUUUGAAGAAGCCUGGUCCAUCGAGACCACCUCCACCUCCUCCUCCUCCGCCGCAGUUCUGGGAUAUUCCGGCCACCGUAUCACCUUCGCCUCCAAGUGGGGAUUCUGAUCCGGAGAAGAAAGAGGAGACCUUGAAACCAAAGUUGAAGCCUUUACAUUGGGAUAAAGUCAGAGCAAGCUCGAGCCACUCUAUGGUGUGGGACCAAAUCAAAUCAAACUCUUUUCAAUUGAAUGAAGAAAUGAUUGAGACAUUGUUUAAGGCAAACGAUCCAAAUUCAAGAACAAGAGACGGCGGAAAUGCAGGUGUUGUUCAAUCUUCGAAUCAGUUUCUUGAUCCAAGAAAGUCCCACAACAUUGCUAUUUUGCUGAGGGCGCUUAACGUAACUGCUGAUGAAGUAUGCGAAGCUCUUGUAGAAGGCAACUCUGACACGUUAGGACCUGAGCUUCUAGAGUGUCUACUCAAGAUGGCACCCACCAAAGAAGAAGAGGAGAAGCUUAAAGAGCUUAGAGAAGAUGAUGAAUCAUCAUCUCCUUCCAAGAUUGGACCUGCAGAGAAAUUUCUCAAAGCAUUGCUUGACAUUCCUUUCGCUUUCAAGAGGAUCGAUGCAAUGCUCUACAUAGUCAACUUCGAAUCCGAAACCGAGUACCUUAAGAGAUCAUUCGACACACUCGAGGCUGCUUGUGGUGAGUUAAAGAACACUCGGAUGUUCUUGAAGCUACUCGAAGCGGUGCUCAAAACGGGGAACAGGAUGAACAUAGGAACCAAUAGAGGCGACGCGCACGCUUUCAAGCUUGACACGCUCUUGAAGCUUGUAGACAUCAAAGGCGCCGAUGGGAAGACCAACCUUUUGCAUUUUGUUGUUCAAGAAAUCAUAAAAUCCGAAGGAGCUCGGGUGGUUUCUUCUUCUCCGAACCAAAGCCCUGUGUCAGCAUUCCAAGACGAGCUAGAGCUGAAGAAACUUGGGUUGCAAGUUGUUUCAGGUCUCAGCUCUCAGCUGAUAAACGUCAAGAAAGGAGCUGCAAUGGAUACUGACUCACUCAGCUUAGAAACAUCGGAGAUAGCCAACGGGAUAACGAAAGUCAAGGAGGUGGUUGCUGAGGUGAAGCAAGAGACAGGUGUGGAGAGAUUCUUGGACUCGAUGGAGUCGUUCUUGAACAAAGCCGAGGAAGAGAUCACGGAGAUGCAGUCCCAUGGAAGCAAUGUGAUGAAGAUGGUUAAAGAGGUAACAGAGUACUUCCAUGGGAACUCGGAAACUCAUCCUUCUCGCAUUUUCGCGGUGGUCAGAGACUUUCUGACGAUUCUUGAUCAAGUGUGUAAAGAAGUCGGUCGUGUGAACGAGAGAACAGUGUACCGGUCCGUAGCGCCGUCGAACCAGACCGUCACGCCGCUUUUUCAAAGUGAAAACGAUUGA